GCCCGUACACGCAACAUUCAUGUCGCCCUACACCACCCUCCGUGGGCUUACACAGAAGGCCGUCAUAAUAACGUACAUCUUGCUAAAAACGAUACCGUAUUAUUAGGCACAACUGAUUUCAAAGCGCUGAGACAACUAGAAAUCGUGCUUCUUAACACGACCCCAUGAACAAGCCGUGAGCCCCGGAUGGAGAGCUAAGCAGGCGAUAACUUCAAUUUUGGGUAGACCCACUGUGGAGUGAGACCGCCUUGGUGAAGAUGUCGUUGGUGUGGUCUAUGGUGGGACUUCUGCUCACCGUCUUCACAGCGUCCUGUCAUGGCGAGUAUCUUCGAGUGUGCUACAUGACCAACUGGUCACAGAAUCGUCCUGGAGACGCUCGCUUCACUGUCGCCAACAUCACUGACGUCUCCCUCUGCACCCACAUCAUUGUCGCUUUCGCUCAGGUCAACGACAGUGGUAACACUCUCGCGCCGUAUGAAUGGAACGACGACAUACCAGACGGGACAUACGCUCAGCUGGUCAAGCUUAGGGAUUCGAACCCCAGUCUGAAGGUAUUACUGGCUGUGGGCGGGCAGGCACAUGGAUCCGCCCCCUUCGUAGAGGUAGUGAGUGACGGGGAAAGGAUCAACACGUUCUGUGACAACGUUAUCAAAUACAUCCGGAGAGUCAGCUUCGACGGCGUGGAUAUAGAUUGGGUCUGGCCUGCUCAGGGAGGCAGUGGUCCAGCGGAUAAACAACGCUACACAACGCUUUUACAGCGUCUCCGGAACAAGAUCAACACUGAGGCAAGCCGGACUGGCCUACCGCGUCUGCUCCUUACUGCCGCUGUCGCCGCCUCCCGGCACAUCGUCGACGCUGGAUACGAGGUUGAUAAGAUUGCCCAAGCUGUGGAUUUCCUGAGCGUAAUGACCUUCGACCUGGACGCGUCUCGUGGACCACGCCUCCUCCACCAUGCACCCCUCUCUAGCCGACCCGGGGACUCGGAAGAAGACCGGAAGUACAACCUUCGCUACAGCAUCAACUACUGGGCGAACAAGGGAGCACCCCGACACAAGCUGGUGGUUGGACUGCCUUUCUACGGCCGGUACCACGUGUUGCUCAGUCAACAGCUGACCUCCCUGUACAGCCCGGCGAACGGAACUACUGGCUUCUACCCUUACUAUCAGAUCUGCCAGUUUGUCCAAAGUACCAACUGGACACGUGUUUGGGAUGAUGACAGCGACGUUCCAACCAUCUACAGCCGCGACCAGUGGGUUGGGUACGACGAUCUCCAAAGUCUAGAGAAAAAGGCAUUAUACAUCCGGGAGCAGCAGCUAGGGGGCGCUAUGUUCUGGGAAAUUGGACAGGAUGAUUUUGGCGGGAAGUUCUGUGGUCAGGGCAGAUAUCCUCUGUUGUCAAGAGUGAGGGACGUUCUAACUGCGUCCAAAGACGACUGUGAACCGGGGUCCUUUGGUCGACUGAGAGAGUCUGGCUGCACCCUCUGCCCAAGAGGGUACUACCAGCCCCGAAAACAGAGGACCGAGUGUUUGCAGUGUCCAGUGGAAACCAACACCAACAUGGAGGGUGCAAGAGACCGGUAUUUCUGUGUAGAAUCGUGUUCUGUGGGCCAUGGAUACAGCUAUAGCGACAAGAAAUGUGUUGAAUGUCAUCUGGGCUUCACGCGCCCCGACCUGUCGUCUGCUUACUGUGUCAAGUGUCCUGUUGGCUAUACUACCAUGACAACUGGCAGCGCCACAUGUGUACCUCUUCCGGAGGGGGUUCCCGGGAGGGAGGUUCUGAUGACGAUGUAUCACAUGACGCUGAAGUUGAACACGACGACGUGUGAGAGAGGAGACGUCAUCAAGGCAGCCAUCAUAAACGGGAUAACAAACGUGAUGGCCGACGCUAGUCACACGUGGCCCAAGGUGUGUCACCAGGGGUGCAGGAACGCAAAGACGGUGCGCGUUGAUGGGUGUGGAGGAGGGGUGAGGAGGCGGAGACAAGCAGGGGAGACAACCCAGCUCACAGUCAGGGUUGUUGUGGAGAACAUACCUGAGGAGCUCACAUCAGCGCCCACCGCUAAUGGCGUUAUCGUGACGCGCACGACGGACAGUGUACUGACAGAGAUGUUCUUUGACAAACAGAUCUUUUCAAGUCUGGCGGUGUAUGGCAUCCAUUACGUAGGACUGACUGGGAGGCUGGUGGAGAAGCUAUGCAGUCACACAGGCCACGUAUUCCACGAUGGAGAUUGUGUCCCGUGCCCAGUGGGGAGUUAUGCACAGGCGACACCACGGAAGUGUAUAGCCUGUCCAGUGGGCACUUAUCAAGACAAGUUGGCGCAGACCAAAUGUCAGGCGUGUAAAGGACCGAUGCUGACUUUCGGUACAGGAUCAAGAACACCACAACAGUGCCUCUCUCCCUGUGACGUGGAUCCAAAUUACUGUGAAAACAACGGACAGUGUGUAUGGAAGUCGGAGUCACUUAAAGUCUUCUGUCAGUGUGCGGAGCCUUACUACGGCGAGCGUUGUGAUAUCCAUGCGGAACGUCAGUCACAGGAUGUACCAACAGUGGUGGGGGGCGUGGUCGGAGGACUGGGGUCUCUCAUCAUCAUCGGCGUUGCCAUGGUGAUUUGCUGUGUGUGCUAUAAGCGCCGAGCGAAGACCCGGGAGUCAUCAGCACCAAACGACUACAACAACGACGACCUCUUCUAUGUCACAGGCGUUAUGUCCGGCGACUUCUUGCCCACGCCAGUCGUCAUCGCUGCAGACCCUCACUACGUUGAGAGCCCCCUUCUCGCCCCUGGUCCAGGUCGCGGCGGCAGACCUGACACUCUCACAACGCCGUCCGUCAUUCUACUGGAUUCGACGUCUAACCUUACUGAUGCGACAGCUCAGACUACUCCGGAGACGGCUACUGGGGUUACUCAAACUGCUGUCAAGGAUACAGAACCCAUCCAGCCUGAUGUUUCUGGAGCUCAAGCCACUUAUGACGUUGAUGUUGUGUCACCUGCUGUAGAUGCCGGUACUGAGGAACUGAAAAACUCAGAAAUGUCUAAACCUGAGACGCUUAUGUUGAGGAUGUGAUUAGCACGUGUCGAACAUAACAGGGAUACAAAACACAACCAAAGACAUCCUACACGUGCGACACGCGUUGCUGCAUUACAUAGAUGCGUUCAAUGAAAGCUUCACAAUACAUUACUUUCGUUUAAAAUAUAUUAACAUGUAAAACAUCCGCAUUAAAGACAUAUCGUUUUCA